AUUACCGUUUUCGUUUUCGUGGCCUGCUGUUCUGCGACAGAGGAGAAGGCCACCGAUAAGAGAGGUCUUGCAGGGUUCGGAUUUCCAGGCUACAUUCCAUCUGCCUCUGAGCCUUGGGCUCCAGUCUCUCAGGAACUCGCCCUCACCAAGAGCUCAGCACAAACUAUAGCCUUGCAAAGCGCCUCUGCAGCCCACGCAGCCGAAGUAGCGAACGCCCUGGCAGCAGCCAAAGAAGCUUCAGCAGCAGCCUCCCUGGCCCAGCAGCGGGUACAGCACGCCAAGGAGGCGGUCCUGGUCCAGCAGAGGAUUGCGGCGGCCAAGGAGGCGGCAGCUGCGGCGGCCAUCCAGCGCAGCGAAGCAGCCGCCGCCACCGCUGCCGCUAUACAACGCAGCGAGGCCGCAGCAGCCGCCCUCCACCGCCAGGAAGCAGCCGCGGCAGCAGCAGCAGCUCUCCAACGCAGUGAAGCUGCUGCUCAGGCUGCAGCCGCCAUACAGAGGAGUCAAAUUACUGCCCACCAAAUCCAAAAAACCGCUGCCAAGGCAUCUGAAGCUAAUGCCGUCCUGAACCAUGUUGCUGCUGCUGCACUGCCUUAUAACAAACCACUCGAAUAUCCUUGGGGUUGA